GGUUGCGGGAGCAGAAAAGGGCGGGGACGGGGGCGGGCGCCGAGGGAGCGGGGGAGGGAGCUGGGAGGGGAACGAUCGCAGGAGGAGGGAGCAGCCUCGGGCGGCUGGCGACUAGGAUGGGAGUGCGGGGCAAGCGCGCGGCGGCACCCUGGGUCACGGCCGCGGCGGAGUCUGCGGGGCGCGAAGCCAGCGCCCGGCGCUUUUAAAGCCGGGAUCGCGGGCGCGCUCGGGGCGCGGGCGGCGGCCGGAUGGAGAGGAAGGGCUUGGCGGCCCGAGCCUCGGGGAACCCUAGCCCGCCCGCGCUGGGCGAGGGGCCGCGGCCCGCGCCGCCACCGUGCGUCCCCGGCGGCGGCGGAGGAGCCCCGGAGCGGGGCCAGGCUGGGGCGGCGGCCGAGCCCGCCGAGCUCAUCCGGCGGGCGCACGAGUUCAAGAGCCAAGGGGCGCAGUGCUACAAGGACAAGAAAUUCCGCGAAGCCAUCGGCAAAUACCACCGGGCUUUGCUGGAGCUGAAGGGGCUGCUGCCUCCCCCGGGAGAGCGGGAGCGGGACGCGCGGCCAGCCUCCCCGGCCGGGGUUCCCAAAGCCGGCCGCCUCUCGGAGGAGCAGAGCAAGACGGUUGAAGCCAUCGAGAUUGACUGCUACAACAGCCUCGCAGCUUGCCUGCUCCAGGCCGAGCUGGUAAAUUAUGAGCGAGUCAAGGAGUACUGCCUCAAGGUCCUGAAGAAGGAAGGAGAGAACUUCAAGGCCCUUUACAGGUCUGGUGUGGCCUUCUAUCAUCUCGGGGACUAUGACAAAGCUCUCCACUACCUGAAAGAAGCAAGGACCCGACAACCAACAGACACCAAUGUGAUUCGGUACAUCCAGCUGACAGAGAUGAAGCUCAGCAGAUUCUCUCAAAGGGAGAAAGAGGCCAUGUAACGAGGAAGCUUCUCUUGAGCCGCACUCACACCCGACCAGGGACUUCCAGGCACCUUUGGCAGAGAGUCCCAAUGUGGGUUCUCUCCCUCUCUCCUUGGUUCUUCCUGUACUCCUUCUCCUGUUGCUCCUCCUGUUGCUCCCCAGGUCUGUCUACUCCUGAACCUUGGUGGGCAGCCCAAACGUGGACUUAUUUUCUUCUCUAGCAGGCCAGCCAAUGGGACAGCUAAGGAAGAGUCUGAUGGACUGGGGGCCAAAUUGUGGCUUUGGCCUGGGCCAGUAUUUCUGAGCCUGGCAGGUAUGUGGAUACAUACAUACAUACACACUUUCCUGAUGGAUCAGAGCAUCUUGAGGGAACUGAGAGGAAAUCUGGGGCUGGUUCUGAAUGUAAGAAGCAUUGUUUGAACCAAUGCUGAGAUGGUGAAUUUCCUUCAGCCCCCUCAGUCACCUGAGCUCCUGCCACACACACACACACCCUUACUUGUCUAGGCUUAUAUUUUCUUCUCUCCCACUAGGAGGUCAGGUCUUUGCCAGGAUUCACAUGCCAUUAAGGCCCACUCUCAAUGCCCUCUGGUGAGCACACAUACCAUUCUCCCACUCCCAGCCAGCAAGCAGCUGUGACAGCAGAAGGACGGGGUGAAAUAGGCCAAAGCUUGGGGGCAGAGCAGACUGUGUAGGUGAUGGAGGGGGGAAAGAUGAUGUCAAGGGAAAGAAAGAGCCUUGGGUGGGCUGAGGGACUGGACUAAUUGAUGUAAAUAAAAACAAAUUCACGGGCAUCAGUUCCUGCCAUUUCUGUUGGAAGCAGUCCACCUCUUGCUUCUGUUCCCUUCCUGUCCCUCAGGAAGAGUGGCUUACAGUUUCCCCUAAAGCCAGUGGCUAUCAGUCCAAGACUAUACAUCAUGUUGGCCACAGCUUUUGUGCUUUUGGGAGUGUGCUGGGAUUACGGAAACUGGUCCAGGACUUGGCUGUGUGGGAGUUUGUACACACACCUACACCCUUUUUGACAAAAUUAUCUAGCACAUAAAUUUUUGUUGAAUGGAUAAAUUUCGACCGCAGCCUGACUCGCCUGCCUUAAACUAAUUGGAACCCAGCCUGGUCUCCUGGCACCGAUGCUUUUUAUGCUAUGCCAUGCUGAAACAUUUCCUGAGGGCUUACUGGUCCCCCACCAUAGUGCAAUAUAGGAUGUAAUCCCAGUCUUCACGGAGAUAGAAAAGCUGAGACAUCCUUAUGAGAUUAUUACCAAUGACACCAUUAAUAUAUAUGAUGCUUAAACAUUUUCAAGUCACUUUCAUGUAUUUUUCGUGUGAUUUAGUGAGACACUAUUGUAUAGAAUCAAAAUAUAUACAGAUGCAAUAAUGUUAAUAGUUAGGAUUUAUUAAAUGCACUCUCUUCAGAUCUUUACAUGGACAAUCUUAUUUCUUUCAUAUAAUCACUCCGUGAGAUAUUAUUCUCAGGUGGUGAAGAAGAAAACAAAAAGCUGGGAAAAUUAACUUUCUGGAGGUUGCAUGGCCUUAUGGGACAUGGCUAGGCUCAAAAGAUCUGUCUGAUUCCCGAGCCCUGGCUACUAACUAUCUUAUGCUUAGUUGCCUCCCUGUUGGACAGUACAACUGUUUGAGAGCAGAAAAAUUUGCCUGAAGUUGAAACAUAUUCAACAUGUCAGUGCCACAUCCCCUUAUAUUUACAUAAGCAAGACACAAAGAGACCAGAAGCCAGAAGGCCUAGUGGCUUGGGCAGUGACCAGCCAGAGGAAGACAACUGAAUCCCAGCAUUUACAUCUGUGUGCUUGCUGGUCAUUCUAGUUACUGAUAGAGCAGCAGGACCCUGAACAACCCACCUGGCAUUCCUCACUGUAUGGCCAGCAGUGAGAAAGGAUCACAACUAUAGGCAAAGACUGAAUAGAGACACAAAGUUAAGUAUUAAUUAUUUGUUUGAGCAGUGGCUUUGCCACUGUAAGACCCAAUCGCUGCUGAAGGAGCCCGGAAGCCAGCAGCACAGGUUAUAUCCACACAGCUCCCCAAACACUUUCAGUGGGGGCUGCAGGAAGGUGCUAGAAAUAUCCAGAGUUCCACAGUGGCUCUGGAGAAGAAAAGGAAAAAGCCAUCCCAGGUACCACAAUCCCUGACUUUGAACAUAUCCUGUCUUCUUGCUCCAAAAUGGCUUCAUACGACCCCCACCUAGAACUACUCUCAGCCCUGACAUAUGCCUACACCCACACCCUCAGCCCCCAACGCCAUCCCCAAGCUCAGAGGUUAUAAGCUGACAACCUUUAGGAUCGGAAGGAUGAAAAUGAGGUCGGGGUGGUUUACAGAAUGAGUUCAGACUGGCAGGCUCCCCCUUUGUUCUUCAAUGCAUGGGAGUGACCUUGAUACUGAUUCCCAACAAAGGGCAGGAGAAGGCUUGCUUGGAUGAAUGCAUCAGGGCAGGGCUAUCCUCAUAGGAAUCAAACCAUUGUCACCCCAGAGAGAACGUUUGAAAAGCACAAUGAGGCGAGGGCAAG